AUGGCCGAGGGGAAUGAGGAGUUUGGUCUGACCCUGGGGUUUAUGUCCAAGGACAAGUUCCGUAAGAUGGCCGAAGGGGUCUCCUCGUUCGCACAGCAGCCACAGGACGUGGUGGUGGUGGCCGGGCAGCCGGCCAAUCUCCUCUGCGCCAUCCCUGGGUACCGCGGCAUCGUGCUUUGGAUUAAAGACGGCCUGGCGCUGGGAGUUGGUCGCGAUCUCUCCGGUUAUCCGCGCUACUCUGUGGUCGGCGAACAUUCCUCUGGAGAACAUCACUUGAAGAUUCAAAGAGCUGAACUCCAAGAUGAUGCCACGUACGAGUGCCAGGCCAUCCAGGCGGCCAUCAGAUCCCGUCCGGCCCGGCUCACCGUGCUCGUUCCCCCGGAUGAUCCUGUAAUUAUUGGAGGUCCGGUGAUCAGCCUCCGAGCCGGCGACCCACUGAAUCUGACCUGCCACGCGGAAAACGCCAAGCCGGCGGCCACCAUCAUCUGGAUGAGGAACGGCGAAGUCCUGAACGGAGCGACGUAUUCCAAGACUUUGUUACGAGACGGGAAACGGGAAAGUAUCAUCAGCACCCUGUUCGUGUCCUCAUCGGAAAUAGAGAACGGUCAAACCAUAACGUGCCGCGCCACAAACAAAGCUGUGCCGGGAGGAAAAGACACGACGGUCACCAUCAACAUCCAGCACCCGCCAUUGGUCAAUCUGACUCUGGAGCCACAGCCGGUUCUAGAAGAUAAUGUCGUAAAAUUUCACUGCUCAGCAAAGGCCAAUCCAGCGGUCACCCAGUACCGCUGGGCCAAAGGAGGGCAGCUCAUCAAGGAGGUGACAGAAGACACCUAUGAGACAGUGGUUGAUUAUUCCUUCUUCACUGAGCCCGUCUCCUGCGAGGUGACAAACGCUUUGGGCAGCACCAACGUCAGCCGGACCGUGGACGUGUACUUUGGACCUCGCAUGGUCACAGAACCCGAGUCCGUUCUUGUGGACCUUGGAUCCGAUGCCACAUUUCACUGUGCGUGGACCGGUAACCCCUCGCUCACCAUUGUGUGGAUGAAGCGUGGCUCGGGGGUGGUACUGAGUAACGAUAACUCCCUAACAUUGAAAAAUGUUCGCCAGGAGGAUGCUGGGAAGUACGUCUGCCGCGCAGUCGUGCCUCGAGUGGGCGCUGGCGAGAGAGAACUUACCCUUACAGUAAAUGGACCCCCCAUCAUCUCCAGCACACAGACCCAGCAUGCGCUUCAUGGCGAGAAAGGACAGAUCAAGUGCUUUAUCCGCAGUACGCCCCCUCCAGACAGAAUAGCCUGGUCUUGGAAGGAGAAUGUUCUGGAGUCGGGAACCUCUGGACGGUACACGGUCGAGACGGUCAGCACGGACGAAGGGGUCAUCUCAACCUUGACCAUCAGUAACAUUGUGAGGGCUGAUUUCCAAACUAUCUACAACUGCACGGCCUGGAAUAGCUUCGGAUCGGACACGGAGAUCAUCAGACUAAAAGAACAAGAUCCGAACAUGCAGUCAGGAGCAAGUACGGACCCAGAGUCGGUCCCGGUGACUGUGAUUAUUGGAGUAGCGGUGGGCGCUGGCGUGGCAUUCCUUGUUCUCAUGGCAACCAUUGUUGCAUUCUGCUGCGCUCGGAACCAAAGAAAUUUAAAGGGUGUAGUAUCUGCAAAAAACGACAUUCGGGUGGAAAUUGUACAUAAAGAACCAUCUACUGGGAGAGAGAAUGAGGACCAUUCUUCAAUCAAACAGCUAAUGAUUGACAGGGGAGAAUUCCAGCAAGACUCGGUACUCAAACAGCUGGAGGUCCUGAAAGAGGAGGAGAAGGAGUUCCAAAACUUAAAGGAUCCAACCAAUGGCUACUACAGCGUGAACACGUUCAAGGACCUUCAGUCGACGCCGACAAUUUCUCUUUCCAACUGCCAGCCAGAUCUCCGACCGGCCAACAAGCAGCGGGUUCCUACCGGCAUGUCGUUCACCAACAUUUACAGCACGCUGAGCGGCCAGAACCGACUGUACGAUUACGGCCAGCGCUUCGUCCUGGGGAUGGGAAGCAGCUCCAUCGAGCUUUGCGAACGCGAGUUCCAGAGAGGGUCCAUGAGCGACAGCAGCUCCUUCCUGGACACGCAGUGCGACAGCAGCGUCAGCAGCAGCGGAAAACAAGAUGGCUACGUCCAGUUUGACAAAUCCAGUAAAGCUUCGGCCUCCUCUUCCCACUACUCCCAGUCCUCGUCUCAGAACUCUGACCCAAGCAGGCCUCUACAGAGGAGAAUGCAGACACACGUGUGAAACUGCCCUACACGGGGGCUUUUCUGAAAUGUAUGGGUGGGCAGGGGAGCAGGUGACAUUCAGUAAAGGUUCCAGAGCGAGCACCGCAGACAGCUUUGAACCCAACUGAAGGGAACGAUCCUCUCUGGUUGACAUAUUUAUUUAGUUUUAUAUUUAUAUGAGAAGGAGAGGAUCCUCCUAUUGUAAAAAGCACUUUGUUCAAUGGAGUUCGACAAGCCAUGGUCUCCUUGGUGGGUGGGAACAAAAAUAAUUUUUAUAAACUAUCCCUAAACAUACGUAAUUUAAAAAAAGCCCCAUUUGUGGCCGGAGCUGUGGCCCAGACUUUAUUGUCUCAACUAGGAAUUUAGCCAUUAGCAAGCACAACGUUGGUACCAAGACGCGUCACCGAGAACUCUGGAAAGAGCCUGUUCUAGAUCGGAAAAUGAGUUUUGUGAUCAACUGUGGUUCUGUAUUUCCAUAAAUCCUACCAAAAAAAAAAACAA